AUGGCCGCCGCCUCCUCUCCGCCCAGGCCCGACAAGGAGCGCUGGGGCUGCGGCCGCCUGCCCGGCUCCCGGCGGGGCAGCGCGGGCCUGGCCAAGAAGUGUCCCUUCUCGCUGGAGCUGGCGGAGGGCGGCCCGGCGGGCGGCGCGCUCUACGCCCCCAUCGCGCCCCCCGGCGCCCCCGGGCCCGCGCCCCUGGCGCCCCCCGCCGCGCCCCCGCCCGCCGACCUUGCGGCGCGCCCGCCGGUGAGCCUCGACCCGCGCGUCUCCAUCUACAGCGCGCGCCGCCCGCUGCUCGCGCGCACCCACAUCCAGGGCCGCGUCUACAACUUCCUCGAGCGCCCCACCGGCUGGAAGUGCUUCGUCUACCACUUCGCCGUCUUCCUCAUCGUCCUGGUCUGCCUCAUCUUCAGCGUGCUGUCCACCAUCGAGCAGUACGUCGCCCUGGCCACAGGGACCCUCUUCUGGAUGGAGAUUGUCCUGGUGGUGUUCUUUGGGACGGAGUACGUGGUCCGCCUCUGGUCAGCAGGCUGCCGCAGCAAGUACGUCGGCAUCUGGGGAAGGCUGCGCUUUGCCCGGAAGCCCAUCUCCAUCAUCGACCUCAUCGUGGUCCUGGCCUCCAUGGUGGUCCUCUGCGUGGGCUCCAAAGGGCAGGUGUUUGCUACCUCGGCCAUCAGGGGCAUCCGCUUCCUCCAGAUCCUGCGGAUGCUGCACGUGGACCGUCAGGGUGGCACCUGGAGGCUGCUGGGCUCCGUGGUCUUCAUCCACCGCCAGGAGCUCAUCACCACCUUGUACAUCGGCUUCCUGGGCCUCAUCUUCUCCUCGUACUUCGUGUAUCUGGCCGAGAAGGACGCCGUGAACGAUUCUGGCCAAGUGGAGUUUGGCAGCUACGCGGACGCCCUGUGGUGGGGGGUGGUCACGGUCACCACUAUCGGCUACGGGGACAAGGUGCCCCAGACGUGGGUCGGGAAGACCAUCGCCUCCUGCUUCUCUGUGUUCGCCAUCUCCUUCUUCGCACUCCCGGCGGGGAUUCUCGGCUCCGGCUUCGCCCUGAAGGUCCAGCAGAAGCAGAGACAGAAGCACUUCAACAGGCAGAUCCCGGCGGCAGCCUCCCUCAUUCAGACGGCGUGGAGGUGCUACGCGGCCGAGAACCCCGAGUCCUGCACCUGGAAGGUCUACAUCCGCAAGCCGGCUCGCAGCCAUGCCCUGCUGUCCCCCAGCCCCAAGCCCAAGAAGUCUGUCAUGGUAAAGAGAAAGAAGUUCAAACUGGACAAGGACAAUGGGCUGAAUCCCGGAGAGAAGGUGCUCACGGUCCCCCACAUCACGUGUGAGCCCGUCUCCGAGGACCGGAAGCCAGACCACUUCUCUGUGGACAGCUGUGACAGCUCUGCCAGGAAGAGCCCCAUGCUGCUGGAGGUGAGCCCGGCCCACUUCAUGAGGACCAACAGCUUCGCCGAGGACCUGGACCUGGAGGGGGAGACGCUGCUGGCGCCCAUCACCCACGUGUCACAGCUGCGAGAACACCACCGGGCCACCAUCAAGGUCAUUCGGCGUAUGCAGUACUUUGUAGCCAAGAAGAAAUUCCAGCAAGCCCGGAAACCCUAUGACGUGCGGGACGUCAUCGAGCAGUACUCCCAGGGCCACCUCAACCUCAUGGUGCGCAUCAAAGAGCUGCAGAGAAGGCUGGACCAGUCCAUCGGGAAGCCCUCCCUCUUCAUCUCUGUCUCAGAGAAGACCAAGGACCGCGGCAGCAACACCAUCGGGGCCCGCCUGAACCGGGUGGAAGACAAGGUGACGCAGCUGGACCAGAGGCUGGCGCUCAUCACGGACAUGCUUCGUCAGCUCCUCUCCCUGCACCAGGGCGGCCGGCCCGGCGAGCGGACCCCCGGCGGUGGAGGGGCCCAGGCGCCGCCCCCCUGCGGCUCCCUCAGCCCCGAGCUCUUCCUGCCCAGCGGCGCCCUCCCCACCUAUGAGCAGCUGACUGUGCCCCGCGGGGGCCCCGAUGAGGGGUCCUGA